CAUACUUUUAUUUCCUGACAGGCCAUGGAUUGACAGCAGUCAAGGAAAAAGCAGGGGCCACCCUGCGGAUUCAUAGUGUAAAUUCCAGCUCUCCCGAAGGGGCCCAACCUGAUGCUGAAAAUGGAGUGCCUCAGACAGAUGUGGCCACAGAUCAGAGCCCUGCAGAAAGCCCACCCACUUCUCCUGCAUCCGGGUCUCGGGGCAUGCUGUCAACCAUCACCAACGUCGUUCAAAACACAGGUAAAAGUGUCUUAACGGGUGGUCUUGAUGCUCUGGAAUUCAUCGGUAAGAAAACCAUGAAUGUCCUUGCGGAGAGUGACCCAGGCUUUAAGCGGACCAAGACACUCAUGGAGAGAACCGUUUCCUUAUCACAGAUGUUAAGGGAAGCCAAGGAGAAAGAGAAGGAGAGACUGGCCCAGCAGCUGACGGCCGAGAGGACUGCCCACUAUGGGAUGCUGUUUGAUGAAUAUCAAGGUUUGUCGCACCUGGAAGCUCUGGAAAUCCUUUCCAAUGAAAGCGAAAGCAAGGUUCAGUCAUUUUUAGCAUCACUCGAUGGAGAGAAGCUGGAACUCUUAAAAAACGACCUAAUUUCCAUUAAAGACGUCUUUGCAGCCAAAGAAUUCGAGAAUGAAGAGAAUCAAGAAGAACAAGGUAAAGGAAAAUCAUCAGUUAAAGAGCAAAACAAAGAGGAAGUAUAUAUGCUGUCCAUCGAAAGUCUGGCAGAAGUAACAGCACGCUGUAUCGAGCAGCUUCACAAAGUAGCAGAAUUAAUUCUUCAUGGGCAAGAAGAGGAAAAACCAGCUCAGGACCAAGCAAGAGUUCUGAUAAAAUUAACUACUGCGAUGUGUAAAGAAGUGGCCUCCUUAUCAAAGAAGUUUACAAAUUCUUUAACCACUGUUGGGAGCGACAAGAAGGCUGAGGUCCUUAACCCCAUGAUCAAUAGUGUCUUGUUAGAGGGCUGCAACAGCACCACGUACAUCCAGGACGCCCUCCAGCUGCUGCUGCCUGUGCUGCAGGUUUCAUGUAUCCGGACGGGUUGUUCAGAAGCUCAGCCGGAACCUGGCCCGACUCCGUCUGGUUAAAGAGGAGGGCAGGCCACAUUGCUUUGCUAAUACCAUUUCCGGGGAUGUUUUCUACGCAUCUGGCCCCAGACGCCCCUUGGAGGACUCUACAGGCAAUUUUGCAUAGACAGUCUGGAGAAUGCAAGUUGAGAGAGAGUAUCCUGUCUCUUAAUGUAUAUGGUGGUUUUACAAAUAGUUGUGUUUUCUUUAUGUUAAUUUAAAUUGACAUGGCUUUAUACUGAUAAUUGCCUUUCAUUUGAAGUUCAUUCACCAAUAUUCAUUUCCAUUUUCCUGGCCAAGCAUGCUAUAUUUAGAAAUUCAUGGGCAGAUCCGAGACUUUUUUUUAAUCCUUUAAUUUCCCACCUUUAAGUUCCCAUUCUUUAUAGUAUUACUUUAAGUCAAUUCUUAUACUGAACUUGGUUUUGUUAUAUAAAUAUCAUAGGCAAAGAUAACACUACUUAUAGAUAGUACCUAUUAUGGUAAAAGAGAAACGUAAGUAUUUCUUUAUAGUAACUCAUUCUGAAAAGAAGCUUUCAUCGAGCUUCUACUGUGUGCUCACAAUAAAGGAACAUGAUCUCAACCCAGUAAAGACAGUCAUUCUAAGUAAUCUCUACACCCAACCGGGGGCUCAAAACUCACAACCCUGCUAUCAAGAGUUGUACGCUCUACCAACUGAGCCAGCCAGGUGCCCCUAGACAAAUACUCCAGAAGAUGGUUUAGAAUAAUUCUUAAAAUGCUUAAAAAUACUAAUAAAUUUUCUAAACCUUAAAAAAUUUGAAGAGCAAGGUAAACUAGUGGUUUUUUGUUUUUUAAUGUUCUGCCCUUCAAUGUAUUAUUGUAUUUUUCAACACGCCCUGGACUUUUUGACCCCAAACUUUAUAUAUGGGGUGAAAAUAUAUAUGAAAAAGGGGUACUGAAGAGAAUCCAGUUUAAACUUGACUCAUUAUGACCAUAAGUACAUGAUCACAUAAUUACAAAGCUUGGAGACAUUCAAAUAGAAAAUUAAAGGGAUCUUAACACAGCAGACCCCCCGACUACAUCUUUCAAUCUGAGGCAAGAUAUUCUAUAAAUUCACAGAUCACACUCACUAAUGGUAAAUACCAUCAUUAAUUCUAAAGGGCGGAAAAUACUGAUGUGUGGGUUGACUGACUGGUAUAUUGAUCCAUGAGAGGCUGUCGAGGAGCCUCUGAAACCAAGAGAGGCACUGACAGUGGGUGCUUCUCACGAGCUCGCUAAGUUCAUUCGUUCAUUCCGGGUGGGGGUUCAUAUCCAGCUCCUAUUUCAGAGCCCCUUCUGCAUCCCUACAAGCCUCAUCACAAGAUGUCUUGCCCCAUGGCUCUCUCCAAGGCAAAUGAAGCAUGUACUUUUGUAAGGGUAAAAAUCCUUCCUUGACAUUUGCUUUUAUUCCUCUGAUGGAGUAGACUGUCGUUAUCCGAUCCAGGUAAAGUGGGACCAUUUUAAUAUUGCCCUGUAUCUUGUUAGCAUUUUAUUCAUCUGCAUCCUGUAUUUCAUUUGUGUAGCUCCUGAAACAACCAAAUAGAAAACAUAAGAACAAUGAUUUACAAUCUGGAAAAGAACUCUCUGAGGAAUCAAUUAAAGAUGCUCUUUUUUCCUCUCCUU